GAUGUGGACUUAGAGAAAGUAGGUGUGGCAACCUCAGGAUAAAACUCGCUCUCCACCUCAGCCUGUCGCCAUAUCCCUCACACUGACCCAGCCUGAUUCUCAUCUCUCUGUAAAGUCCUCUGGACCAUACUUUCCGAGCCACCAUGUCCCGUCUCCUAACAGCAAUGAAUGAACUCAUUCAAAUCUUCAAAGAAUAUGCAGGUAAAGAGGGAGACGCCAAGACCCUAAGCAAAGGUGAAGUGAAGACUCUUCUGAGUAAAGAAUUGGGCAUUAACCUCGAGGCAGCAAAAGACAAGGCCGCCUUGGACAAAAUGUUCAAAGACCUUGAUGCCAAUGCAGAUGGCACAGUGGACUUCACAGAGUUCAUCACCUUGGUGGCUGCUAUAACUGCCAUUCUGCAAGGCUCAUAAUGAUAAGAGGAGGAGGCCCAUUCAUACGCAAACACACAUACACACACACACACACACACAGGGUCUCACCAUCAGCCUGUCCAAAGCUCCAGAGGGCUGAAGUGUUUAAUUGUGAGGGUGUGAUUUAUUCACACUGUAUCUCACACUCCCUCACAAAAUGAACUUAUCUUGGCUUGGCAAUGGAAUACAUAUAAAACAUAUUUGAAAUAAACAGUUAAACUUGG